AUGCCGCAGAUAUUUUCUGCUCUUGACCCUGGGUCAUGGCGCUCUGCCCUGAACAGUCGAGCCAGGAACCAUGAGGAUGGUGGAGAGCUAGGUACUGGUAUACCCAGGAACCAUGAGGAUGGUGGAGAGCUAGGUACUGGUAUACCCAGGAACCAUGAGGAUGGUGGAGGGCUAGGUACUGGUAUACCCAGGAACCAUGAGGAUGGUGGAGGGCUAGGUACUGGAAUACCCAGGAACCAUGAGGAUGGUGGAGGGCUAGCUACUGGUAUACCCAGGAACCAUGAGGAUGGUGGAGGGCUAGGUACUGGUAUACCCAGGAACCAUGAGGAUGGUGGAGGGCUAGCUACUGGUAUACCCAGGAACCAUGAGGAUGGUGGAGGGCUAGCUACUGGUAUACCCAGGAACCAUGAGGAUGGUGGAGGGCUAGGUACUGGUAUACCCAGGAACCAUGAGGAUGGUGGAGGGCUAGCUACUGGUAUACCCAGGAACCAUGAGGAUGGUGGAGGGCUAGCUACUGGUAUACCCAGGAACCAUGAGGAUGGUGGAGGGCUAGCUACUGGUAUACCCAGGAACCAUGAGGAUGGUGGAGGGCUAGCUACUGGUAUACACAGGAACCAUGAGGAUGGUGGAGGGCUAGCUACUGGUAUACCCAGGAACCAUGAGGAUGGUGGAGGGCUAGGUACUGGUAUACCCAGGAACCAUGAGGAUGGUGGAGGGCUAGGUACUGGUAUACCCAGGAACCAUGAGGAUGGUGGAGGGCUAGGUACUGGUAUACCCAGGAACCAUGAGGAUGGUGGAGGGCUAGGUACUGGUAUACCCAGGAACCAUGAGGAUGGUGGAGGGCUAGCUACUGGUAUACCCAGGAACCAUGAGGAUGGUGGAGGGCUAGCUACUGGUAUACCCAGGAACCAUGAGGAUGGUGGAGGGCUAGGUACUGGAAUACCCAGGAACCAUGAGGAUGGUGGAGGGCUAGGUACUGGUAUACCCAGGAACCAUGAGGAUGGUGGAGGGCUAGGUACUGGUAUACCCAGGAACCAUGAGGAUGGUGGAGGGCUAGCUACUGGUAUACCCAGGAACCAUGAGGAUGGUGGAGGGCUAGGUACUGGUAUACCCAGGAACCAUGAGGAUGGUGGAGGGCUAGGUACUGGAAUACCCAGGAACCAUGAGGAUGGUGGAGGGCUAGGUACUGGUAUACCCAGGAACCAUGAGGAUGGUGGAGGGCUAGGUACUGGUAUACCCAGGAACCAUGAGGAUGGUGGAGGGCUAGGUACUGGUAUACCCAGGAACCAUGAGGAUGGUGGAGGGCUAGGUACUGGUAUACCCAGGAACCAUGAGGAUGGUGCAGGGCUAGGUACUGGUAUACCCAGGAACCAUGAGGAUGGUGGAGGGCUAGCUACUGGUAUACCCAGGAACCAUGAGGAUGGUGGAGGGCUAGCUACUGGUAUACCCAGGAACCAUGAGGAUGGUGGAGGGCUAGGUACUGGUAUACCCAGGAACCAUGAGGAUGGUGGAGGGCUAGCUACUGGUAUACCCAGGAACCAUGAGGAUGGUGGAGGGCUAGGUACUGGUAUACCCAGGAACCAUGAGGAUGGUGGAGGGCUAGGUACUGGUAUACCCAGGAACCAUGAGGAUGGUGGAGGGCUAGGUACUGGUAUACCCAGGAACCAUGAGGAUGGUGGAGGGCUAGGUACUGGUAUACCCAGGAACCAUGAGGAUGGUGGAGGGCUAGGUACUGGUAUACCCAGGAACCAUGAGGAUGGUGGAGGAUUUAGAGAAGAGGACUGA